AUGUCGUCGAAGCUCAGGAUAUUGGUCCCUGUCAAGCGUGUCAUUGACUAUGCUGUCAAACCCCGCGUGAAAUCCGACCGCACAGGCGUCGAGACCUCCGGGGUGAAGCACUCUCUCAAUCCCUUCGACGAGCUCUCCAUCGAAGAAGCCGUCCGGCUGCGCGAGCGCAAACAGCCCGUCGAAGAGAUCCUGGCCGUGAGCGCCGGCCCGGCGAAAUGCGCCGACACCCUGCGGACGGCCAUGGCCAUGGGCGCAGACCGCAGCAUCCUCGUCGACGUGCCUGAAGAUAAACCCCUCGAGCCGUUGAGCGUGGCGAAGCUGCUGAAGGCCAUCGCCGAGAAGGAGAAGAGCAACCUGAUCAUCCUGGGGAAACAGGCGAUCGACGAUGACGCCGGCCAAACGGGCCAGAUGCUCGCGGGCUUACUGAACUGGCCGCAGGCCACGCAGGCGUCUAAAGUCACGAUCGAGAACGAAACGGUGACGGUCGAGCGCGAGGUCGACGGCGGAGCAGAGACGGUGCGGGCCAAACUGCCCAUGAUCAUCACGACGGAUCUCCGCCUCAACGAGCCGCGGUACGCGAGUCUGCCCAACAUCAUGAAAGCCAAGAAGAAGAAGCUGGAGAAGAAGACGCUCGGCGACUACGGCGUCGACGCCACCAACCGGUUGAAGACCGUCAAGGUCGAAGAACCACCCGUGCGACAGGGCGGCGGCAAGGUCGAGGACGUGGACGGCAUGAUCAAGAAGCUCAAGGACUUGGGCGCCAUCUAG